AUGUCCUCUUUGGCAGAGAUCGAAAGGAUGUUUAAUAAUCGCAGGGAACAAACUGAUGCGAAGUUUGGCAAGCUCCUCGAGAGAGUCACCAAGGCUUGCAGAUCCGCAAGCAAAGAUUUUUCUGAUUUGGAUCAAGAUUUCAACGAUGAAAUGGUCUCCCAGCUCAGUCAGAGGAUAGAGGCACUGAGCAACCCUGAUGAUCCCAACCUCAGAGCCAAACUCGAAAGCUGUCUGCAAGACAACCUGGACUACAUGCUUGCAGCCGGUAAACAGUAUUUUACUGGGUAUCGAUUAGUAGACCUUAAGAAUGCUUAUCCCAUAUCAUCCGCGUCAUACAAAGAGGUGCAGGCAACUUUAGAUUCCAUGAGGGUCGAUCACAAAAUCUCGGUCGACAGAGCAAGGAGAGAUCGGAAGGCGGAAUUCAGAAACAGGCAGGCUAAGCAGGAAAGCUCCGUUGACGAAGGUUCUGUGCUGCAACAAAGCUCGCUAGACGAAGUGAUCGGCUGGUUGAAUGAAAAUCGGUACGAGAUCAACUUGAGGGAGGAUCCUCCAUAUGCCUAUGCUUUGAUGCAAUAUGUCAAUGACGAUAUUGCAGACAUGCAGUGGGAACAUUCCGAAUGGGGGGACACCCAAGUCACCCAACAUGGUCGAAACCUCGUAAACACCGACCAGCUUGAACGUCUUACUCUACCCAGCGAGAGGUACGAUCACAUGAUGAGCAUACUAAAAUCCAGUGGUGUGAAGGACAACAAGGCUAAGGAGUUGUGGCGAUCAACCAAGAGAAUUGAGCUGGAUCAUAUUGUGCUCAUGAAGAAGGCGGAAACCAUCGCUAAAAACGCUCCACGAUCAAUGGCCAGGGAGAUACAAGCUCAAAGAGCUCGUUUGAUAAACUCACUCAACGAAGAUGAGUCAUACACCGCCGAUACGGGCGCUGCCAAGACCACAAGCAAAUCCAGAAAGCCUCGCUUGGCAGGAACCGCAGUCAAAGAUACUCUAGCUUCUGGAGAGUGUGAUCUCGCUACCUCCACACAGAAGUAUCAAGAUUCAUUUAGCAAAUAUGAGGAAACUUCAUUUGGCGAGAAGACCCUCUGGUCCGAAUUCGAGGCCAUUAUCCCAGAGCUGGUUUCGGCGGAGAAGGCAGAUGAGGAGAAGCGUGAAUCCGUAUGUGGGGAUAGUAGGGAAACCGAGGACAUUUCCGGCAAAUAUUACACCGCUUUGGUUCCUCUCAAGGUGGCUACAGAUUCUGAUCGAUAUCUACCAGGUGAUGCUCUCUAUCCUUCAACAGCUUCCGGAGACGGAGAGGCCAAGACUUUCCCAGGUGAGUGA